UGCCACCUAAACGGGCCAACAAAUGAAUGAGGAAUGCGAAGCCCAAAAACCUUCAAACCUCAGGUUCCCGCCACCGUCUGUCUUUCAUGGGCUCUACAGGCGCUCCGCCGCACCGACGAGAUGAACUACGGCGCUUAUGGCCGCCUUAUCCAACACUGCACCGACCAACUCUUCGUCCGCCUCGGUAAGCAGCUUCAUGCUCGUCUUGUUCUAUCAUCCGUCGCUCCCGAUAACUUCCUCGGAUCAAAACUCAUCGCCUUCUACUCAAAAUCCGGCAGCCUUAGAGAUGCCUACAAUGUGUUCGGUAACAUUUCUCACAAAAACAUUUUCACUUGGAAUGCUUUGUUCAUCAGCUACACUCUUCACAAUAUGCACAUUGAUAUGCUGAGGCUGUUUUCGUCUUUGGUUAAUUCAAAUUCGACGGAUGUGAAGCCUGAUAAGUUUACGAUUACUUGUGUUUUGAAAGCGUUGGCGUCUUUGUUUUCUAAUUCGGUUUUGGCUAAGGAAGUUCAUUGUUUCAUUCUUCGACGAGAGCUUGAGUUUGAUAUUUUUGUUGUGAAUGCUUUGAUUACUUUCUACUCGAGGUGUGAUGAGCUGGUUUUAGCGAGAAUUGUGUUUGAUAGAAUGCCUGAGAAAGAUAUAGUGUCUUGGAAUGCGAUGGUGGCUGGGUACUCUCAGGGCGGGUUCUAUGAGGAGUGCAAGGAACUAUUUAAAGCAAUGUUGAGUUCAGUGGAGCUGAAGCCUAAUGCAUUAACCACGGUCAGUGUUUUGCAAGCUUGUGCUCAGUCCAAUGAUCUCAUUUUUGGAAUGGAAGUUCAUAGAUUCGUCAGUGAAAGCCAGAUUGAAAUGGAUGUUUCACUAUGCAAUGCUGUUAUUGGAUUAUAUGCAAAAUGUGGUAGCUUGGAUUAUGCUCGGGAGUUGUUUGAAGAAAUGCCUAAAAAGGAUGAGGUCACCUAUGGUUCGAUGAUAUCAGGCUACAUGGUUUAUGGUUUUGUUAACCAAGCAAUGGACCUUUUUCGAGAACUGGAAAGGCCAGUAUUGAGCACAUGGAAUGCCGUGAUUUCUGGUUUGGUUCAGAACAACCAGCAAGAUGAAGUUCUAGAUAUAUUUCGAGCAAUGCAGUCACAUGGUUGCAGACCAAAUACUGUGACACUUGCGAGCGUUCUUCCCAUUUUCUCACAUUUUUCAACCAUAAAAGGUGGGAAAGAAAUUCAUGCUUAUGCCAUUAGAAAAGCUUACGAUGGAAAUAUUUAUGUUGCCACUGGCAUCAUUAAUUCUUAUGCUAAGUCUGGUUACCUCCAUGGGGCACGACAAGUUUUUGAUCAAUUAAAAGGCAGGAGUCUAAUCAUUUGGACAGCAAUAAUCUCAGCAUAUGCUGCACAUGGAGAUGCCAAUGUGGCUCUUAGUCUUUUCUAUGAGAUGCUGGCAAACGGGAUUCAGCCUGACCCAGUAACCUUUACAUCAGUAUUGGUUGCCUGUGCCCAUUCAGGAGAGUUAGAUGAAGCCUGGAAGAUAUUUAAUGUCUUGUUACCAAAGUAUGGGAUUCAACCACCAGUCGAGCAUUAUGCUUGCAUGGUAGGAGUCCUUAGUAGAGCAGGAAAGCUCUCUGAUGCUGUUGAAUUUAUUUCUAAAAUGCCAUUUGAACCCACGGCAAAAGUUUGGGGUGCUUUGCUCAAUGGGGCUUCCGUUGCUGGUGAUGUUGAACUUGGAAAGUAUGUUUUUGAUCGUCUCUUUGAGAUUGAGCCUGAAAAUACUGGUAACUACGUCAUCAUGGCUAACUUAUAUUCACAAUUUGGAAGGUGGAAAGAAGCUGACAAGGUUAGGGAUUUGAUGAAGGAAGUUGGAUUGAAGAAGAUCCCAGGAAAUAGCUGGAUAGAAACAAGGGGAGGGUUACAGAGUUUCAUAGCUAGAGACACUUCUAAUAACAGGACUCCAGAGAUUUAUGGAAUGUUGGAAGGAUUACUCGGGUUGAUGAAAGAAGAAGGAAUCAUUCUGCAACAUGAGAUAGAUGACGACUGUGGCAGUGGUUAGUGCGUGGCCCAUAGAUGUCUAAGGAAGCAAGAAAACAAGACAACCUGUGAAGCACAUUUGCAUGCCAUUUCUCUGCUUGAAUCAUGCUCCUUGAAGAUAAACCACUUUAUUUAGAAUUAGAGGUCUUAUUUUUUGACAAGAGAGUCCUAGCAUUAGUUAUUCCUCCUAGCAUUAGUUAUUCCUUGAAAUGUUGUCGACUUGAAGAUUUCAAUCUCACCAUGCCAAUUGAGAACUGUGUGUUACCUACCUAGCUGCAGCAAACUGGUUUCUUCAUUGGCCACAGUUGUUCUUUAUACUGGCAAUUAACUUUCCUUCCCUAUUUAUGAGCCAAGCGAUAUUCGGAGGGACAAUAUGUUCACAGGAGCAUAAUGUUGAAGGCCGCUAGAAUUCAACCCGAAGAGGUAAAUAUUUACGAAAGCAACUACAAAUGAAAAGGAAUCAGAUAUUUGGCCCUGCUGGUGGGUAAUAAGGAUUUUUUAGUUCACAAUAGUAUGAUUAAAGAGUUCAAGAUUGAAUUUCUAACAUCAGAAAAAAGUAUGUGACGAGUUGAACCAUUUAAUUCUAUGCAUCAGUAGACUGAUGAAGAUGGUUAUAUGUCGUCAGUCGAGAGCUAGACAACACUGCAGUUCGUAGGCUUCGUUAACUUUGGAUUCCCAAAGGAUACUGAAAACGGACCCAGAUUGAUGCUUACUGUAUAUAGUAUUCCAUAACCCCAAAAAAGCAACACUUUAUGCUCUGUAUAAUUGUAAGGUGAUUUUGGAAUGCACUUUAGUAUUUCUUUCAACGGAGGUGGGUGACACUUCUCAUUUUCAAAAGGUACCUAUUUUCUGAUCUUUGACUUGAUCGCGUGCCAUUGGCCACUGCGUUGCUUGCUUCAGAUAUCUCAAUCAUCAUGUCUUAAGUUAAAAAAAAUCUCCGUCCCACUUACCAUGAUGAUGAGACUGGUGAAUCCAUUCCCAAUUGAGACAACUCAACUUCCCUCAAGCAGCAGCUUGCAGAUAUCAUGGGGAAGAACAAUUUAUUCACAUUUUGAUGAUCAGGUGCAAAAGGAAAGCUACAUAAUAUGGUAAAUUCUAAGGAUUUUCGAAGAAAAAGAAAGCAUGUCUUCUUAUCAUGAAAAAGGUUUCAGCUUCCCACUGAUGAUAUAUUCGGAGAGAUCCAACGGCUGUGGGAGAUCCUCCUCAAGGUGGGCUCCACGAUGUGUACAUCUGAUGGAGAUUGACGUCCAAGAUUGAGCGGUUUCAUGGAAUUAUC